AUGAUGGAUCUGAGAAUUUUGCUUUUAUCCUUUAUAAUUGUACCAUGGAUGUUCUCUGAAACUACAGCAGAUGAGCUACGGAUGUCAAGAUACACCCGUGAUGUGGAUUAUGAUGACCUGUACUCAAAAGGGGAAGUUUUUAGGGAAGUCAAAAAACCAAAGAAAAAGCUCACGGCUAUUUCUGACGUUGAGAGUCCAGAUGAUGCAGAUGACAAAAGUCCAAGAGAAGAAGCAAAAAAUGAUGAAGAGCUGCCCACAUGUUUGCUCUGUGUGUGCUUGACUGGCUCAGUGUACUGUGAGGAGGUCACUCCUGAGAUGACAGCAGUUCCCCCCUUACCAAAGGAAACGGCCUAUCUCUAUGCACGCUUUAACAAAAUAACCAAAAUAACCAACAAAGAUUUUGCAGAUAUUGCCACACUGAGGAGGAUUGACCUGACUGGCAACCUGAUUUCUGAGAUUGAAGAUGGUGCAUUUUCAAAACUUGAUCAGCUGGAGGAACUGAUGCUGGCAGAGAACAAGCUUCUCAAACUCCCAAUGCUACCACCAAAGCUUGUCUCAUUCAACGCAAAUCAUAAUCGUCUGAGAACUAAAGGAGUAAAGGCUAACCUUUUUAAGAAACUCACCAAACUAGCAUAUCUUUAUCUUGGGGAUAACGAACUUGAAGCAGUCCCACAACUCCCUGAGAGCCUGCGUAUUGUGCACCUACAUAAUAACAACAUAACAGCUGUGACUGAUGAAACGUUCUGCAAAGGAAACAGUAGUUACUACAUCAGGCAUAACAUGCAGGAAAUACGACUGGAUGGCAACCCUGUUAUGUUGGCCCAGCAUCCAAACAGCUUCAUCUGUCUGAAAACUCUACCUGUUGGAAACUACAAGUGA